AUGUACAUGAGGGGAGGAGGGAGGUACCAGUUAAUAUGCGUUCAAUGGCUCUGUGCCCUUGUGCUCGCGGAUGUCUCAGCAUGGUAUAGUGGAUUUGACAAAGCAAACAUUGAGGCUUCACAUACAGAAAAGGAGGAAACACAUAGCAAUCGAAACAAUAGUAACAACAGCUUAGAUAGAAAUGAUUUAAAGGCGUUUUCCAUAAACACGACAUCAUCUGCAACAACUACAGACGAGGCGCACAUCUUUACAUGGACAAAUGCAGAUGAAACUUCCAUUGAUGGAAACGAAAGCAUUGAACACAUCUCAAGCGAACAACGGCUUAUGAAAUAUCUUCUCUGGAAAUACGAAAGCUCCGUGAGACCGAUUUUCAAUUCGUCACGUCCGGUAAACGUCGCAUUAGGAUUGACCUUGACACAGAUUCUUGAUCUGGAUGAGAAAAAUCAAGUUUUGACAACAAAUGUAUGGCUAGAAGUGGAAUGGCAUGACGAAAAACUUGUAUGGAAUGCAUCAGAGUUUGAUGGUACCGACAAUAUAAGAAUUCCAUGUCGGAGACUUUGGUUACCGGACGUAGUAUUGUACAACAGUGUGGAGGAUUAUACUUCUGGUUACAUGCCAAGCCUAGCAAUGGUCUACAGCGAUGGACGUGUUUUCUGGGGACCAGUCGUACGAUUCAAAAGCUCGUGCAAAAUCGAUAUCACAUUCUUUCCGUUUGAUGAUCAAGUGUGCAGCUUAAAACUGGGGUCAUGGGCUUAUAAUGGUUACCAGGUGGACGUAAUCAAAAGAUCAAACACGAUUGAUCUUUCAAAUUAUGUUGAUAACGGCGAGUGGAAACUGAUCGGGAUCAAGGUAACGCGGAACUCCGUCAUUUACAACUGCUGCGAUGAGCCGUUUCCGGAUGUGACGUUCUAUAUCCGACUGCGCAGGCGCGUCAAGUAUUACUUCAUGAACAUAAUAAUACCGUGUAUCAUCUUGUCGUUUCUCUGUCUGGCCGGGUUUCUGCUACCACCGGAGAGCGGUGAGAAGAUAACUCUUGGCCUCUCAGUCCUGCUGACAAUCACUGUGUUCAUGUUGAUGGUGGCUGACAAGAUGCCGCAAACCUCAGAAAGCGUCUCGCUUAUUAGCAUAUACCUGAUGCUUGUUCUUUCGAUGAGCUGCGUGUCUAUACUGUUAUCCGUCUACAUUCUGAGCAUUCAUCAUCAAAGAGGUAAGCCGGUGCGCUGCCCUAGAACAAUCAAAUACAUUGCGUUUUCCAUCAUUGCCCCGGUCCUUUGCUUAAAACUUAAAUCCGCUUCCUCGAAAAGCGGCCAAUGGGAAUACAGAUUAUCAGACACUGAUGGAAGCAUUAGUGAACGAUUUCAGUAUGGAGAUACGACAGGGGACGCUAUAGAGUUGGAAGAGGGUUUAGCGGAUUUAAAGAAUUUCAUCUCCUGUCGCCAUAGUAACCGGCUGUCAUUUGAAACGGACCAAAUUCUAAAGCACUAUAAAGACAAAGAGAAAUCGGUUACAGAGCUGAUAAACUGGCUUUACCGGAAGCAGACAUCGGAGCGUAUCGAAGACGUGGCUUUCCAGGAAUGGCGUGACGUAGCAUUCGUCCUUGAUAGAGUUUUGUUCGUGGGAUUCCUCGUGGUUAUCGUUGUAUCCACAGCUUUCAUAUUAAGUCUGAGGCCGGGACAACAUCUUACUGGAUUCAGUGAAAUUAACGUUGAUUAACGUUUAACUACUACUUGUCUUACUUAUUUUAAUAGGGAAAUAGGUAAUUUGUAAUCCAAUUUGCAUAGGACACAUGUCAUAUUGUGGCACGAAUUUAAGCGUUAUAUAUUUACAUAUUUACAUAUUAUAUCAAUCAUAGGCAAAUAGUAUUACUAUUUAACCAUGUGUACAUGAAAAUAUCCAUAGCACUUGAAAAGUUGUUAAUAUCUUUUUUUUU